ACGAUUUCUUGUAUCCGCGUUGAACACGUUUUAGUAAGUGAAUCACUCUUUCUGUUUAUUUUAUCAACGGGUGCAGCCGUGUUUCACGCAGGUUGACGUACACUCGUGUCGUCCAGUCAAGUUUCAACAGUUUAAAGUGAAGUACUGAGUGUCGUAAUUUAAGAGGGAAAUAAAAUAAAGCAAAUCCCCGGACUAAUCCGAAUUUCUAGUCAAAUUAAUCCUGAUAGGUACAUGGGAAGAAAUCUUAAAUUAUUUAAAUAUUCAUUUGAUAUUUCUGACCGUGAGGAAAAUUUUGGAAUAAUUAAAAUUUCUGUCAUUUUGCAAUUAUCCUUUUUUUUAUGGGAUUUAUGGGGAAAAUUGCGGGUAACUUAAUGUAUUGAUAUAUUGAUGGCUCGAUCGCGGACUGUCGACUGAUCGAUGCCUUUUGCAGUCGAUAUCGGCGGGGAUCGACUGUUGUGCAGUGACUUCCAGGAGAGGAGACAUCACACGCGAUUUCUUAUAUCGAUGCAAUCGACGUGAGUCACGUGCGAUAAGCACAAACGAGGAACGGAACCAAAACCGGAAGUCGGCACAUCAUCGCAAAUCGCGGGUGAUACCUCUGUCGCGUUUAGCUAUCGCUUCGAGAACGGGGACGAGGAGGCGAAGGAGAAAAAGAAGGAAGAGGUCGGACAAUUUCGUCGUGAUUACCGGAGUUUGUGGACAAAAGGAGGGAGCGAGAUCGGGCCCGGAUGCUCGCAAGGACAAGACGUCGGAAGUGCUGCCACGUUGGAAGGGAAAAUCUUGACAGUCGUCAACAAAUUUCUGACAAUAUCCCCUUUGGUUAACAAAGUCAAAUUACUCAUGACGCGCAAGGACACAGAGGGGGUUGGCGAUGAGGAGGAAUCGGUGGGGGGUAGUUCCUCCAGGCCAUCGGUGAGCGACGUUACCUGGCCGGAUAUCCGGAAGCCACCGGUACCGAAUGAGGGGAACAAGUUGACGGGGACAAGGCAGGGGCUGCCGACUGGCAAUCAGAGACGACAGAGUGACAUUGCGAGUGAUAUGGCCGAGGUUAAUAAACAGCUGUGCGCGAGGAGAAGAGGUGAUGAGUGUAGUUUUGGUGAGACUAUUCGGGUUACGUGUGAAACUUCAUGCGAUUCCUCGAUUACGGGUGGUAAUUCAUCGAUAUCUGGGCCCUCCGCCACCUCAGCUGGUGGACAAACUCGAUUGACAACUAGUUUGCUCUUUGAAUUGCCGGAUGCCCGGAGGGGAUCCACCAGUUGUUCCGAUGACAGAAUGCCAUCAAUUAGUAAAGCACAGAUGAAAGAAUUUGAAGAAGCUUUCAAUCUCUUCGACAAAGACAGAGAUGGGAGCAUCACGAAAGAGGAACUUGGGAGAGUAAUGCGGGGGUUAGGACAAUUCGCCAGAACUGAGGAACUUCGCACAAUGUUAGAAGAAAUUGACACCGAUGGUGACGGAAACGUCAGUUUAGUGGAAUUCGUGAAAAUCGUCAGCAAUAUUGGAAAUGCCAGUGCAGCUCAGCAGACAGACCUCAGUCAAGAGGAGCAAGAGGAACAAGAGCUCCGGGAUGCAUUCCGGGUGUUUGAUAAACAUAACCGCGGGUACAUCACGGCCUCUGAUCUGCGAGCAGUUCUGCAGUGUCUCGGUGAGGAUCUGUCCGAGGAAGAAAUUGAGGACAUGAUCAAGGAGGUAGACGAGGACGGCGACGGGAGGAUUGAUUUUUACGAAUUUGCACGCUCGCUGGUUGACCCUGGUGAGGACGAGGACGAGGAUGAGGAUGAGGAAGAAACACCCCAGUCGCCGCCCUUCUAGAACCACUCGUCACCAAUUCCAAAAUAUUCUUAUUCAAUUUUAUUCGUUAGUCGGAAUAAACUGAUCGAUCUAAGGAUUUUAAACAUAAUUAUGAUAACGUUGAUAUCUCAGAAUACUUUUAUUAGUCAUAAUUCAAUCAUUACCCCUGAACCUGAACUACGCGGAGGGAAAACAUCUCGAAGGAAAUAUUCACCACUUUUUUCCCUGAAUAAAUAAAAAUGACAAAAUUGUCCGUAAUUUUUAGAGAAGAGAAUGAAUUUUAUUUGAAUAAAUUGUAUUUAUCAGGUGAUUACUUUUUUUUCAGGAGAAAUUGUUUGGAGUUGUGUUUUUAUUUUGGCGGAUGUUUUUUCUCAGCGAAAUUUCGCCACUUCGCAGCGUGCGCUACACACGUGUAACUAUUUGUGUAUACAUAUGUAUGUAUCAUGUACAUUGAAUUAAUUAACAGUCCAAUUGCUUUCCCGUGAAAAAAUUGUGAUCAAAUAGAUUUGACUCCUAUAUUCCUGAAUAAUCCGACUCAAUCCCUGUAGCUAUUCUCAACUAUUAAAAUGUCCCGCGUUAAUCUCCGACGAGAUUUCGCGUUUUACAAUCAAACGAGAGGUCCAGUUGCAGAAUGAGAAGCUCCCAUUGCUUGAAUUUCAAUUCCCCCAAAAGCCCGAUAAGACUCCCUUCAAUUAUCGAUUUGAGAAUUAAUGAGGAAACGAGAUUCCGCGUUUCAUUCAAUAGAAUGCAAUUAUAAUUUUAAUAUCGGGGAUUACUCAAGGAACGGGUUAAAUUGUUUUUGUUGAUACAGGGAUUAUAGCAUUCACAUAUCCGACUAGCUUCAGCACUUAAGAAUAUGAAAGAAUGACUAUUUAUAAUUAGAAAAAUAGUUCGAAUGAACCGUUAACGACGAGGAGUACUUGUGAACGCGGCUGAUGAUUAUUGCAAAGAUGUAUUUUUCAUCGAUUAAAUUACUCAACUCUGUGUGCACGCUAUAUACUAUCAACCUCUCUGUAAUAUUAUUUUGAAAAUUGUCAAUUCGGGUAAUUAAACAUUUUUGCCGACAAAGGGACUGUGAGAGAACUCUACGGGGAUUCCCCGGAAGUCACUUCUGAUUACGUACGCAUGCGCUUAUGUCAGUUGAUAACAAGUCUCUCUUAUCGACUUGUCUUAAUGUAGGUUUCUAUAAAUUCGAAUGACAUGAUGUGGACAUGACCGAAAAUGUCAUCAUUUGCGAAACAGAUUAAGGGCAAAUUAAUAAUUUUAUGAAAAUUAAUGACAAUUGAGUAGAGUAGAAAAAUUCAUUUCCGAUUUUGAUUUGAUCCGAAUUUUCAUUAUUCGAGACAAAAAAAAAAUUUUAUCCUCAUCGACUUUUAUCAGUCGGAGGAAAUUACAAUGUUUUUUUACAUAUUUAUUAUUAAUGCUGCUGGGUUUAAUUUAAUUAUGUAAUUAAAUCGCAAACAAUGAAAAAAUGUCUCUGGUCUGCGUCGAUAUCACUAUGCUCAAAAAUUCUCGAUAUUCAAUUGAAAAAUGUAUAUAUCGAAGAGUUAAUAAUGAUUGGGUGUUGGCCAUCCAAUAACACGUGAAUGUAAGAAAGUACUAAUUAAUUGUGAUUAAGAUAAUGCUUGAUUUAUUCGUUCGACUCGAUCGCGUUUAUCCUGAAGAAUUUUUCCAUUACUAUAAUAAGUAUUUCGUCUAUUAAAAAUUUAUUCCACUGAUUGCAGAUAUCAAAAGAGAUUCAAAAGUCUAUUGUUAACGCUAACGACGAAAGCUAUUAUGCGAUGUUUAAAAUAUUUUAAAAAUUCAAAUAAAUCAAUAAUGAAAAUUGCAAUCCGUUGAUUUCAUUGAAUACCAGUGGUCCCAUGGUGAUUAUUUUAAACGCUUUAUUUAUUAGCCAUAAAUAAAAUUACACAUCUUUACAAUAUUUAACAAUAUGCAUUCUUCAUUUUAACUCUCAGAAAAUAUAUACCAUAAAUAUCUAUUAUUUUGUAAUUACAUUGUGGGCUGUGUGCCUCUGGACGUGCUCGCGCCAUCAUGUACCGUAAAUUCGUAACUCAUUCAUAUUUUUUUUUUUUAACCAUUAAUCAAGUGAUAUCACGAUCGUAAACUUGAUAAAAUUCGUCUGCAAUCGUCUCGAGAAUUAAGUACGAGUCAAUGUUUCAUGAACGCAACUCUUACACUCUACGAAAUGCAAUGACGAUCAAUUCUCAUUUCGUCUGAUUCCCAAAAGCCCCACGUCGAAAAUACUUCUCUCCACAUUUCCAAUUUGAACGUGUUUCUAAAUGUGUAACAAUUUCUGGGGUUUAUGUUUUGCUUUGUACACUAGAAAAUCCUCAAUCAUGUCAAUUCUCUGAAACCAUUUCCACAAAAACCUCUGUAAUUUCCGAAGUGACAAUAAUACAAAUAUCCGGCGUGAAAUAGCCGAGGGGUUUCUUAAAAAAUUUAGUCUUCGAGGCAGUCUCUUGAUAUUAUUGUCCUCGAGGAAAGCGCCAAUGGGGUGUGUCACGAAAUUUCCAUAAGCAAUUAAAUUCACCAUAAAAAUCUAGAAUUCACAUCGAGACACGCGAGCAAUGAUGAACGGGGACGGCACUAAGUACAAAUCACCAUAUUGCGCUCAAUCGUCAUUUACAAAUUUAUAAAACACUUCAACCAUUCAUCAGAUAUCCAUUUGUAUCGAAAAGUCAUUGAAUUUUUGGAUCAUCCGUACUGUCGCCGUUCAUUUGGAUCAAUCUAUCUUCCGAGCCACUUGGAAAUUCUACGAUUUCAUAAUAAGUAACAUGCAUACAUUGUCCAACGUCAACAUAACCGUAUUAUAAAGUAUGUACAAACUUCACAGUUACAUCAGUGUAUUGCCUGACAAGUUGAAUCAUCGAAAUAUCCAAAGAUACUUCAAGACAAAGAUCACAAGUAUCAGGACAAACAUGUCUGGAAGUACCACAAGCGGAGUCUGCAGUGGAUCUCGUUCAAACUUCAUCAGUUUCAAA